GGCUGAUGAAUGCAAGCCAUUUCAAAAACUUCCGCCGAAAUCCCGAUAAAGGAUGAUGUCCCCCCAGAUGUAUAAUGGAUAGAUCCAGUCCAGCCUACCAGUUGGUACAGUCAACCAUACGGGGAACUGGGGAGUCAAUUUAUCUGUUAAAGAUUAACACCUCACUUGUGAUGUCACCAGUGGAUCCAUUUUGAAAUAUCUUCCAAUGAGCCUCAAACCUGUUGGGAAAGUAGGGGCCCUUUAAGGUUAUGUAUGUGUUGUUGAGGUAAGGUCAAGGGAAGGAUUCAGGUCUUUGUGAAAGAAGGCAAGUAAUCAUGGCAUUAAUCAUUAAGUUUAGGUUAAAGAGUUUUAACCCAUGACCUUUCUGUCCAGAUCUUCUACAUGAACCCCCGUUACAUACUUUUCAUCCACCUGGUCAUCAACGAUAUGAUCCUUCUGACCCUGUUCGGCUUCAUUCAUGUCCUCACCUACAUCAUGUUAGACAUGAGUGUGCCCUUCUGUACCCUGCUGUUGAUAAUAGCCCUCCUGACUGACCUUAACACACCCCUCACACUCGCGGUGCUGGCGAUGGAAUGCUACAUCGCCAUCUGCUUUCCUCUCCACCAUGCCCAAAUCUGCAAUGUGCAGAAGACCUACUUGGUCAUUGGCUUGAUCUGGCUGAUGAGUGGGCUCACCGUCCUACCAGAUCUCUUUGUGAUGCUUGGGACAGAGUCCCAUGAAUUCCUCCAUUCCAGGGUCUUCUGUGUGUCGACCACAGUGUUCAGAAAUCCGUACUUCAAGGAGAAGAGAGACGUUUCUAACAGCAUCUUCCUGGUCCUGGUCUGGCUCGUCCUCUUCUACACCUACUUCAAUAUCCUGUUUGCCGCCAAGGCUGCCUCACUGGAUGCCAAGAAAGGCAGGAACACUGUGAUCCUCCACGGCUUCCAGCUGGUCCUCUGCAUACUCACCUAUGUCAGCCACCUGGUCAUUAUUGGGCUCACCAACCUCCUCCCUGCUGCGGUGCUUGCCAUACGCUUCACUGUGUCUGUAUUCAUUAGUAUCCUGCCAAGGCUCAUCAGUCCCAUUGUGUAUGGCCUGCGAGACAAGACCUUCCGGAAGUACCUGAAAAGGCACUUGUUGUGUCAAAAGAGGAAAAUUACUGGCCCUCAAUCUAGUCUAAAGACCUCCUCAUGAUGUCUUGUGCCGCGUUCAUUUAGAAAAGCUUAUUGAACUUUCAGCAUAUUAACUCUACUCGAUCUGACAAACACUGAACUCGUGAAAACCAGAUAUCAGUUUUCCCUCUGCCCUGACUUUCUGCAUGUCAACUCUGGGACUAUAACACACUUGCUUCAAAUGUUUCUCUUUCUAUCUUCAAAAAUGUAUUGAUUUCACUGUUAUGUAGAUUACAUAUUUGAAAUAGUUCUGUUGAUAACUCUCUCAAUAAAAGUAAUUA